CUCCAAAUCCGAUCCACAACAUUCCAAGUCAACCUGCUUUAGAUUGGCCACUUUAAGCAGGAAUCGCAGAAUCAUACUGCUGCGAUUCCACAAUAUCACUACUAGCUACUGGCACCCAUACUGCUCCUUCUUAAGGCAUCCCGUCGAAGUGAGUUUAGAGAAUCCUUCACCAAAAGACGGAGAGAGCAGAAAUGGGCAACGCCGACUUCAUGAAUGGUGAGAGCACACAUCGCGCUGCUGUUCCACCACCACAACCAUUUCUAAAAUCACUCCAGAACGCCGUCAAGGAGACUUUGUUUCCUGAUGAUCCCUUACGCCAAUUCAAGAACCAGCCACCUGGUAGGAAGCUCAUCCUAGGCCUUCAGUACCUCUUCCCCAUUCUCGAAUGGGGUCCCCGCUACAGCUUGGACUUCUUCAAGUCCGACCUCGUUUCUGGAAUCACCAUAGCCAGCCUUGCCAUACCUCAGGGGAUAAGCUAUGCAAAGCUUGCCAACUUGCCCCCGAUUCUUGGCCUUUAUUCGAGCUUCGUUCCGCCGCUGGUUUAUGCAAUCAUGGGAAGCUCCAGAGAUUUAGCAGUGGGGACUGUAGCGGUUGCAUCCCUUCUCACAGCUUCCAUGUUGGGGCGCGAAGUUAAUGCAGCCGAAAAUCCUGCACUUUAUCUUCAUCUGGCUUUCACGGCAACGUUCUUCGCCGGGGUCUUCGAAGCAGCUUUGGGCAUUGUGAGGUUAGGGUUCAUUGUGGAUUUUCUAUCGCACGCAACCAUAGUAGGGUUCAUGGCAGGUGCUGCUACUGUGGUGUGCCUCCAACAGCUAAAAGCCGUUCUUGGGCUGGACCAUUUCACUCAUGAGACCGAUGUUGUCUCCGUCAUGCGUUCUGUUUUCAGUCAAACCGACCAGUGGAGAUGGGAAAGUGCUGUGUUGGGAGGCUGUUUCCUUUUCUACCUGCUGCUGGCUAGAUAUUUCAGUAAAAGGAAGCCGUGGCUGUUCUGGAUAUCGGCGAUGGCUCCGCUAACAACUGUAAUCUUGGGAAGUCUUCUGGUGUUCCUCACACACGCUGAAAAACAUGGUGUUGAAGUGAUAGGACACUUGAAGAAAGGAUUAAAUCCGCCUUCGAUAAUGGACCUGGCGUUUGGAUCACCAUUUUUGUCGACAGCAAUCAAAACUGGCAUAGUCACGGGUGUCAUCGCUCUUGCUGAAGGAAUUGCGGUCGGAAGAAGCUUCGCCAUGUUCAAGAAUUACAAUAUCGAUGGAAACAAAGAGAUGAUUGCUUUUGGGAUGAUGAACAUUGUGGGCUCCUGCACUUCUUGUUAUCUAACUACCGGACCAUUUUCGCGAUCAGCUGUGAACUUCAACGCGGGAUGCAAAACUGCGGUGUCCAACAUUGUUAUGGCAUUCGCAGUGAUGCUGACACUGUUAUUCCUGACUCCACUCUUCCAUUACACCCCAAUUGUGGUGCUGGCGUCCAUCAUAAUCGCCGCCAUGCUCGGCCUUAUAGACUACGAAGCAGCAAUUCAUCUGUGGAAAGUUGACAAAUUUGACUUCUUCGUGUGUGUGAGUGCCUAUGUUGGGGUGGUUUUUGGCAGCGUCGAGAUUGGCUUAGUCAUCGCGGUUGCACUCUCUUUGCUAAGGGUAUUGCUGUUUAUUGCAAGACCAAGGACGCUGGCUCUUGGUAACAUCCCAGAUACUAACAUCUACCGUAAUGUGGAUCAAUACCCCGACACCAGAAACGUCCCUGGGCUACUCAUACUGGAAAUUGAUGCACCUAUUUACUUUGCCAAUUCAAGCUACUUGCGAGAAAGACUUUCAAGAUGGAUCGAUGAAGAGGAAGAUAAAUUGAAAUCCAGCGGAGAUAGCAACCUGCAAUUUCUUAUACUUGAUAUGAGUGCCGUUGGAAACGUUGAUACCAGCGGGAUUAGUAUGCUACAAGAGGUUAAGAAGAACAUCGAUAGAAGAGGGCUGAAGCUUGCAUUGGCGAAUCCCGGAGCAGAGGUGAUGAAGAAACUCAACAAGGCGAAAUUUAUCGAGGCAAUAGGGCAGGAGUGGAUCUUCCUGACUGUUGGAGAGGCUGUUGGAGCAUGCAACUCCUGGCUGCACACAUACAAGCCAAAGCCUGCGACGGAUGAAACAGAAAAGUGGAGCAAUAAUGUUUGAAACAUUGACGUUUGAAGUGUAGGUGUAGGAUUUCAAAUUUCCACAACCACAGAUAUAUUCUAUCAUCUCGAUGCAGAAAAUGUUGGCCGCAUGGCUCAGUUAAUACGUGGUUUUAAAUUCGGGAUAAUUUCAGAAACCUCCCUCAAUGUUUUUGACAAUUCACUCUUGAAUAUUCUCUGAUAUUAUUGAAAAUUAAACUA